AUGGCCGACGCACACGAAGCUGAUCUCGAGUCCAUUAUCGAUAGACUUCUUGAAGUUAGAGGCUCAAGACCCGGAAAGCAGGUUGACCUGCUUGAACACGAAAUUCAAUACCUAUGCACAAAAGCCAGAGAGAUUUUCAUCCAGCAACCUAUAUUACUUGAGCUUGAGGCUCCUAUAAAGAUUUGUGGCGAUAUUCAUGGUCAAUAUUAUGACUUGCUCCGCCUUUUCGAAUACGGUGGCUUUCCCCCAGAGGCAAAUUAUCUGUUUCUCGGUGACUAUGUCGAUAGAGGAAAACAAUCUUUAGAAACUAUUUGCCUUUUGUUGGCUUACAAAAUUAAAUACCCUGAAAACUUUUUCAUUCUCAGAGGCAAUCACGAAUGUGCCUCUAUCAACCGUAUUUACGGCUUUUACGACGAAUGCAAGCGCAGAUACAACAUUAAGCUGUGGAAGACCUUUACUGACUGCUUCAACUGUCUCCCUAUUGCAGCCAUUAUAGAUGAGAAGAUCUUCACCAUGCAUGGCGGUCUUUCUCCCGACUUGAACUCUAUGGAACAGAUUCGUCGCGUUAUGCGACCAACCGACAUUCCCGAUAUUGGUCUUUUAUGUGACCUGCUGUGGUCUGACCCUGAUAAAGAUAUUGUUGGAUGGAGCGAGAAUGAUCGUGGUGUAUCUUUUACUUUCGGACCAGAUGUGGUGUCGCGGUUUUUGCAAAAGCAUGAUAUGGAUCUGAUUUGCCGUGCACAUCAGGUCGUCGAAGAUGGUUAUGAGUUCUUUUCUAAGCGUCAACUAGUGACUCUCUUCUCGGCUCCCAACUACUGUGGUGAGUUUGACAAUGCUGGUGCCAUGAUGAGUGUCGACGAAAGUCUCCUGUGUUCUUUCCAGAUUCUCAAGCCCGCAGAGAAGAAGCAAAAGUAUGUUUAUGGUAACGCCCGCCCUGUCACUCCAUCAAAAAAGAAUAAGAAGACCGGAAAAUAA